CAAAAAAGUAACCCCAUUCAAAUGCAAAUAUAUUUAUUUUUAAAAGAUAUGUAAAUUAUAACACAAAACAAAUAAUAUUUGUUUAAAGAAAACUGAUGUAUUUAGUAAUAAAAUAGCUUAGAAAUAUAAGUAAUAUCACUAAAAAUCAAAACGCAUCACAGCUACAGAAUAAGUGAAAGUUCCUGGUGAUAUGGCCAACAAUAUAAAAAAAGUUAUUUUGGUAAGUGGCAAGAGAAAAUGCGGCAAAGACUAUUUAUCAGAGAAAUUACAAAAACGAUUAGGUGAACGAAGUCAAAUUGUACGAAUUUCUGAACCAAUUAAAUCAGAAUGGGCACGCAAAAUGAAUCUCGAUUUGAAGGAACUGUUGAGUGAUGGACCCUAUAAGGAGAAAUAUCGCAAAGAUAUGAUUACGUGGAGCGAUGAGGUUAGAGCAAGAGACUAUGGCUAUUUUUGUAAGGCUGCAAUGGAAAAGGCUGAAGCAGAGAUCGUUAUUGUUAGUGAUGUAAGACGUAAAAAUGAUAUAAAAUAUUUUCGAGAACGUUAUGGUAAAAAAAUUUUAACCAUACGUUUAACUUGUCCUGAAAUUAUACGUGCCGAGAGGGGUUGGAUUUAUACGGCCGGCAUUGACGAUAUAGAAUCCGAAUGCGGCUUGGAUGACUAUGAACAGUGGGAUUUAGUUAUUGAGAACAAUAAUCAAUUGGACGGAAAUCAAGUUGUUGACUUGAUUGUAAAUAAAUUCAAUUUUUGAUAUGCUUAAAAA